UUAACAACUAGCACAUGGGACAUCAUUCUUAAGGUGUUCAAUACUCUAAAACGAUGCCAUUAGAUAUAAUAAAAUAGUGUAUUGAGAAAUAUAUAAAACUCGGAGGAAAAUAAUAUCAGAUGGACCGACAAAGGGUUCAAAGGGUGCCAUUAAUGGAGGCGACAACACUUGGAUUCCCACUGAUUCUUUCAGCUUCUAUGUCUCAUCUCUCUCCAUACUUUACAGUCGAAGUUGCACCCAACAUGAGUUUUGAGCAAACCUACGCAUCUUUACACCUUAAAUAUAAUGCCCCUCAAGCCCAAAUUCUUCAAACACACUUCUCUCAUCUCUCUAAUCUCUCUUUCUCUCUCUAUCUCUAAAAUUAAAGGUAUGGACUUUCAGCCAAACACAUCUCUACGUCUAAGCCUACCAAGUUACAAGAACCACCAACUAAACCUAGAACUUGUUCUCGAGCCUUCUUCUGCUUCUUCUUCCACGAACUCAUCAUCAUGUUUGGAGCAGCCUAGGGUAUACUCAUGUAACUAUUGUCAAAGAAAGUUUUACAGCUCUCAAGCUCUUGGUGGUCAUCAAAACGCUCAUAAGCUUGAGAGAACCUUAGCCAAGAAGAGUCGAGAACUUUUUAGAUCCUCAAACACUGUUGAUUCCGACCAGCCUUACCCGUUCUCCGGCCGGUUUGAACUCUACGGCCGUGGCUACGAAGGAUUUCUCGAAAGUGGCGGCUCGAGGGACUUCUCCUCUCGCCGUGUGCCGGAGAGUGGUCUUGACCAGGAUCAGGAGAAGAGUCACCUUGACUUAUCCUUAAGGCUCUAAAAUAAUCUUAUAUUUUGUUAGUCAUAUUAUCGUAUCGAUUGUUUAUCUUAAUAGUAAUUGUUUUACUUAUUAGUCAUUACUCUUAUCUGAAAAUUCUCUUUGUAACUAUGGUCCUAAAUUCAAAUCAAAAUUUGAUUUUGGAAGAUGGUACCUAUCUAUAUAUAGAUG